CACCUAGGUGUUCCAGCAAGAAAAGAAUGAGCAUUUUCGUCUACCGCAAAGUUCCUUUAGGAGGCAACCUGCUUACUGAUACACUGCCCACGGCGCAGUUCCGGCGAUCACGCUUUAGAAUCGUCUUCUUCUUCUUCUUCUUGUUAUUUGUCGUACUAUGUCUCGUGCUUGUUCGAAGUUCUCCACAGGUGACCAUAUAUUCCGCGUUAACAAGUCACCAACUAAAAGGGUAUGUGGAGUUUUUUAAGGAUACCAGUUUCGAAAUACAAAGAAAAGUUUCGGCCGAUUUCUCCCGCCGAGCGUGGUUUAACACUUCACAAAGGUAUACUUAUGAUUAUGUGGAAACUAUUCGACCUAUCGGUUCUUGCGAGAAUCUACGAUUUCUAUUCGUGGUGGCAUCUGCGGUGGAAAACAUCAACCAGCGUGAAGCUGUGAGAAGCACAUGGGCAAGCGAGGUACGAACAAUCUCAGGAAGGGGUAAAACCGUCUUUCUUCUCGGAAGUGGCAAAAACAGUUCAUUCCAGGAAAAAAUCAAGCUCGAGUCCAGGAAGUAUGGUGAUAUUUUGCAAUAUGCCUUUGAUGAUACGUACCGUAAUGCGACCAUCAAGUCCAUAAUGAUGCUUAGAUGGGCUGCGAACUGUCGCCCGACGUAUCUCGUGAAAGCAGACGAUGACAUGAUGAUUAAUGUACUGCAGCUACGUAAAAAUAUUGAUACACUUGGGUCGAUGGGGAUCCCAUUUGCUGCGGGGCUGGGACAUUUCGAAAAGGGGCCAAUUCGUGAUAAAUCUAGUAAAUGGUAUGUGUCCAAGGAGGAAUAUCCCGACGAUGUAUUUCCUAACUAUCUUGGCGGCAGCCUGUAUGUGAUUACCGGCAAUGUCAUCGGACAAAUGUUCAAAGAAGUUUUUCGUACAGCCUUAAUUAGCAUGGAAGAUGUAUUUGUUACUGGAUUUUUAGCCACUAAACUCAGCUUGCCUCGAAUCGGACUUGCGGGCAUCAGCACAUCGGAGCAAGUGGAUCUUUGUGAUUUUCACGAUUACAUUGGCAGCCACCACUCGACACCCGCUAAAAUGCGCUCGUUUGCAAAUAUAUUACGUUUCACACAAAGAAAUUGUAGGAAUGUCCUCUUUGGCUUAUUUCAUGCAUGUCGAUGUAUCCCUUAUAUAAAAGUCAUCUCGAUGUGAACGGUGGCGCAUGCUGAGCCAAACAAGUAGCAGCUUCACAACAACUGGGGCGCCACCUAAGUGCUUCUCGAAUCGCGCACGUGCUUCACAGUCGUACGGCAGUAUUUGCGCCAAUAGGCCAAGAAAUAUAGUGAUUUUCGGGGGGUUUCCUAACUAUUAAAUUCAGCGAGUUUUUGUGAGCACACCUACACAGAUGGGGUAGGCGACGUGUGGCAUGUACAGUGCUGUGGAGUUCGAACGACAAUUUCACUGACGAACCCUUUCCUGCCUUAUGGUAUUUGAUUGAAUGUGUUUAUGGCGACUGGAUGGAUAAGGCGAACACCACUCAUCUGUUGCCGCGAAGGCAAAGUUACUAUAACCUCAAGUGUCCAGUGACGCGUACCACUGCUCAGGAGAGGCCGGCUUAGCUACGUAUGUAUACUUUGUCGCACGGUACUUGACCCAAGCCAAAUUCUCUAGAAUAUUCUCGCGGUCCGUCUGCGGUUUCAGGUCACUUCUCUCUAGCAUCGGACUGCAUUGCUUCCAAGAAAAACGCUUUACGUAAAGGAGAGAAGGCUAUGGCGUGUCUCUUACAUAACGAUUACGGCAGAAUCCAGCAAGCUCAAAUUUGAAAUCACACGAUCUUCUCGGCCUACGCCCUCGCAUUGUACUCAGCGCUAGAGGCGUACAUACGCGUUCGGGCAGACAUCGCUACGUCUAGCGGGAGGUUAAGGGAUCUUAACGUGUCUCAAAUAUCCUCUGUACGAUGGCGACGGCAACAUCUCACUCGAGUGGGCCAACUAUAGGAAAUUUUUGCUAUACAUUCUAAUCGGCUGUUACUUAGAAUGGAAAAUAAUAGACACGAUAACCGUGGAUAAAAUCAUCUACUGCGGUCUCUAUCAUAUCCGAAUGAAACAGUAUAGGGCGAGUUGGCAUAACCUUUCAGUAAUAACAAAUAUGUGAUGACUAUCCGAGUAGUGGUCGAGACUGAUGAUGAACCACUAUAUAUAGCAGUAACCGGUUGGUCAGUCAGCCUAUGUUUCAGCCCCGCUUCGCUAGUCAGCUCUGUACCAGUAUUGACGUUCAAAGGCACACAUACACAGUGCAUGGCUGCCCGCUGGUCGGUGAUAGCAGAGCUGGAGGAAAAAAGCACUGGCCUUUAACUCACCGAAGCUUACAUAAUAAUAAUAAA